AUGGUAAUCGAGGCCGUGUGUGGAGGCAAAGGGCACCGUGCUCCGGAAUGCCCAUCAAAGAAGCAGUUCUACCAGAGACCCAAGAAGUCCGAGGCUGCAUCCACUAGUGUGAACGUGACCGAUGGGAAGACAAAGGCAGAUGCCAAGCCCAAGGAUGGCGCCAUGAAGGAGUCAUCUACAUCAGUGGCUGUGACAGCCCCUGUGCCGUCUGUGCACAUUGAAGAGGCCUGGAGUGCCUGCACAUCAUUCUCACCUCUGUGCGAAGAGGAAAUUGUUAUUGACUGCUCGGACUUUGCUGUGCAGGAGGAGAUCCGAAUUUCGGACGCGCACCAAGCUUUUGGCAGUGUUCUUGAAACUGGACACCGCAUUGAUAUUUUCGACUCGGGAGCCUCGCGACAUAUGACACUGCACUUGGAUCGCCUCUCAAAUUUCCACACCACCAUGCCACACUGGAUUCAUGCUGCGAACUCAGAAAUCUUCUACUCACAUGGAAUAGGUGACUUGUUGAUGCACCUACCUGCUGAGAACAGCGGCAAACACAUCCGGCUCAAGAGUGUCCUGCACGCACCUGCUAUGCAUGCAACCCUAAUUUCUUUGGGUCUCAUCGAGGCAGCAGGAUUUUCGUGGCUUGGCCAUGAAGGCGAGCUGACUAUUAUCAAUAGGCAAAAUGAUGUCAUUGUGUCAGUCCCACACAACGACAAUCUAUAUCAGAUCUUCUAUGAUUCGUCUCUCGCUUCACUUGCCACUGCACCAGUCCAGCUCUCACUUUUCAAAAUUCACAAGAGGCUUGGCCACAUUAACUACGGUUACAUCAAAGAUAUGCUACAACAGAACCAUCUCACCGGCAUCGCACUUGACCCACACAAUAGCAAGACAGUCAAGUGCAAGACCUGCCUCAUAGCGAAGGCCCACUGUGCACCCAUAGCAUCGGUGCGCCGAUCCCCGCUCACAGAAAAAUUUGGCGAGCAUCUCCACAUGGAUAUUUGGGGGCCUGCAACAGUCUUCAUAAUCGACCGAUGCAAGUACGUCUUGACAAUUGUUGACGAUGUGACCCGAUGGCUUGAAAUGCCACUUAUGCGAGUAAAAUUUGAGGCCUUCGGGAAGUAUGUUAGCAUCGAGGCACAUCUGCAGACACAGGAUGGUGUACACGUGAAAAUCGUGCAGUCAGAUCAUGGUGGAGAGUUUCUCUCUGCAGUUAUGGACUCCCAUCUUGAGCGUGCAGGGACUAUUCGGAAGCUGACAGUGCACGACACACCUGAGCACAAUGGCGUAGCUGAACGCACACACCUCACAGUUUUCAAUGGCAUACGAGCUGCACUUGCCUGCUCUGGUCUUCCAAAAUGGCUUUGGGGUGAGGCUCUGGCAUAUGUUGUCUAUGUGUACAACCGGACUGCGCGCUGCGCACUUCAGGGUCAAUCACCGUUUGAGGUGCACUAUGGCCACACACCGGACAUCUCAAAUUUGCACGAAUGGGGAAGUACCGUAUUUGUCACUGUAGCAACAGAUUCAAAGUUUGAUGCACGAGGACAUGAGGUAUGCUGGAUAGGCCUCGACAGAAUGUCGAAUGGACACCGCAUUUACUGGCUGAAAGAACGGAAGAUCUCUGUGGAACGAAACAUUGUUUUCAGCUCGGAGUCUCCGCACGUCGAAGGGGAGCAUGAUUUUGACAUAGGACCUACCUCGAAUAUUUCCGAUGCCACUCUGCCUCCUCCUAAGCAUCCGCGAUAUGUCCCUGAAUCCGAAUGCUCACCGAUGCUUGAGCCUGGUGAGAUUCGCGAGCCCGAACAUCCCAACAUUGUCACAACUGAGAGUGCACUCACCGAAAUCACAAUCGAUGAGAACGAUGAAUGUGAAGUCCUUGCAUAUUUGGUUGGUGUCGCUGCAUCCGACUCCUUAGGAUUUGAUCCACGUACCAUCACAGAGGCCAAACGUCGCCCGGAUUGGCCUGAAUGGCAAGAAGCCAUGCACGAUGAGAUCAGAAGGCUGGAGUCGAGAAAAGCAUGGGUGUACAUGGACCCGCCGUCACGAUUGUCGGGCCAAAAUGUCGUCAGCUCGAAAUGGGUAUUUCACAUGAAGCGAAAUGCUCGUGGUGAAGUUACAGGCUAUCGUGCACGCUUAGUGGCUCAAGGUUUCACACAAGUCAAAGGUGUCAACUAUUUUUCUGAUGAUACCUAUGCCGCCGUGUGCAAGCUUGCAUCUAUCUGCGUCAUUCUCUCUGUUGCUGCCCACAAUGGAUGGUUCACACAUCAGGUUGACGUCAAGAGCACGUAUCUCUACGGCAAGCUGCGGGACGAUGAAAAGAUCUAUAUGCAGCCCCCUUCUGACAUUGAGCUUGAUGGCCUGAAGCCUGGCCAGAUCCUAUUACUACUCAUUGCACUCUAUGGACUCCACCAGUCUGGCCGAUGCUGGUACAUCCGUCUCUGCAAGAUUCUCGAGGGCUUCAAACUUGUUCGGCUUGAGCAUGAUCACACCGUGUUCUAUUGGCGCCAUCCCGAUGGUGAAAUAUCUAUCAUAUUCCUUCACAUAGAUGAUAUGACACUGGUCUGCUUGCUACUCGCUAACCUGCUUCAUCUCAAAGUAAUGAUCAAGUCCGAACUUGAAAUCACGGACAAUGGUGAACUACACUGGCUACUCAGAAUUGAAGUCAGACGCAACCUCGAGAAGCACACAAUCGCGCUCUCACAAUGGGCGUAUAUCGAUUCAAUCAUUGCCUGCUAUGGAUUUUCUGAUGCAAAGCCACUCUCGCAGCCCAUGGAUCCCCAUGUCCGCCUCUUUGUCGACCAAUGCCCUGUUUCGACAGCCGAAUAUGCCACUAUGCGAGAUAAGCCAUAUCUCGAGGCGUUAGGAGCACUACAGUAUGUCUCUAUCGCUACUCGCCCUGACAUCACUUUUGCAGUUGGACAACUUGCUCAGUUCGGACGGAACCCUGGCAUCGCACACUGGAGUGCAUUAAAGUGCAUUUACCAGUAUCUGAAGGGGACCGUGGACAUCUGGCUCAUGCUCGGCAGCUCGGAGGACAACGACAUCGUUGGAUACUCAGAUGCUGAUGGCAUGAGUACGGAGGGACACCGUGCAAUCUCCGGCUACAUUUUUAUGCUCAACGGCGGCGCAGUUUCAUGGUCUUCAAAGUGCCAGAACCUCGUUACCCUCUCGACGACUGAGGCCAAGUACGUUGCAUUGACACACACGAGCAAGGAAGCCAUCCGGCUUCGCUCUUUCAUCAAGAAGCUCUUUGGUGACCCGGAACACCCGCUGCCUCUCUGUUCCAACAAUCAGUCCACUAUUGCGCUUGCCAAGGAUGACCGUUUUCAUGCACGUACCACAUCAGUAUUGCAUAAGCAGCAACAGACGGCGCAGUGGUGA